AUGAAACUUUUCGUAGCUAUCCUGGCUUUGGCCGUGGCCUCGGCCUCCGGCGCCGCCUUGCCCCACUUCGCCGCCCCGAAGGCGACGGCCGUCCACACCAAGGACAUGCAGGGACGGAUCACCAAUGGCUAUCCGGCGGAGGAAGGCGAGGCUCCCUACACCGUGGGUCUGGCCUUCAGCGCGGGCUGGUGGUGCAGUGGCUCGAUCAUCUCCAGCGAGUGGGUCCUUACUGCCGGCCACUGCAUCGGUGGCAGAGGCGUAACUGUCUACUUCGGAAACAGGCGCACCGAUCCCCAGUUCACACUCUGGGUGAAAAGCAAAAACUUCAUCGCGCACAAAUCCGACGACAUCGCCCUGAUCCGCAUCCCGCAAGUGGACUUCGGGGAAACGGUCAACAAGGUGGAGCUGCCCAGCUACAACGAUCGAAACAACGAUUACAACGAGUGGUGGGCAGUGGCCUGCGGGUGGGGCCGCACCUACGACGACAGCCCCCUGCCUGACUUGCUGCAGUGCGUCGACCUGCAGAUCAUUCCGAACUCGGAGUGUGCCGAGUACUAUGGAAGCAGUAAUGUGGGCAAGAACAUUCUCUGCGUCCGCGUGGUCGAAGGCAAGUCCACCUGCAAUGGUGAUUCCGGUGGCCCCCUAGUAGCCCUUGAAGGCAACAAGCUAGUGGGAGUCACCAACUUUGGAUCCACCGCCGGUUGCCAGUCGGGUGCUCCUGCUGGAUUCCAGCGCGUCACCUACCACCUGGACUGGAUCCGCGACCACACCGGCAUUGCUUACUGAACGAAAUUAAAAAUGAUUUAAGAGUUCGUGUUUUUGACAUCUUUUACUCCCUUAUUCAAGGGUUUUUUGAAAUCAAGAAGAAAGUACUGUAAUACUUUAUAUUAAAAAUACAAAUAUUUUGUGAAAACCUAACAUAAACAUAAAACAAGGAGUUCAGUCAAGGUAAUCUACAAACCUACUACUCCCUUUUCCCGCAAAUAUAAAUGAAACACUUUAAUCACUAUCAACAAACCAAAAGUUAAAUGACUUAUCUUUAAAAAGCUCAAAACAAAUUUAAACUACUAAGUGUCAUAUGUUAUCUUUGAUAAUUGCAGUCGUUUAAGAUAACGAAAGUUCGCAAAUGUCCGAGAUACUUGUGGUUUUAUUAAUAUUUACAAGUAUCAUAAGCAACUAAAUCUAAAUAAAAAUCUCUUUUAAUAGAAGUAGCAUUUGCACUUUGCUUUUAUACUAUAUGCACAUCCGUAGGACAUUGUAAAUAUUUAAAUCUAAUCAGUUGAUUAUCAAUUUUUGAUUGUGGUUUGUUUUUGAAUGGAGAGAUAGGCGUGGAAAGCAGUAGUAAAUUUUAAAAGGUUUGCGUUUUACCUUUAGA